CGGGACAUCCGCAUUCGAGACGAUUCCGGAACGCGCCCACGGCGCAUUUAGUUCCCGACCGCGGCCGCUGCUGUCGCGGCGUCAAAAAAACGCGAUGCGGUCUGUGCAUGACGGACGUCAAGCAGAAUCGCCGUCCGUACGUCCGAAGAGAUCACAAUCGUUUUUUUUUUUGCUUCGCAAGUCAGUGAAAAUUUCUGUUUUUUUUCCGCCGUUCCGACACCGAAAUGUGACGCGAUCGCGCGUGUAGGACGUAAGGUUCGCGCCCCGUCGGUUUAUUUUUAAAACGGCGACGAGGACGCAGGUGGUGUUACGAAAAUAAAACCUGGCGCCUGCCGGCGGCGAUCGCUUCGUUUUUUUUUGGGUGAUAAUGUGGAAAAAUAGAAACACGACACGGCCUCGAUAAAAUGGCGAUGCCCAGGCUCGCGUGCGGUGUCCGGCUACUGGUUAGGAUCGCGCCGUAUUCCGAGGCGAAAAAUUUAAUUAACGCGGAAAAGAAUGACGCAGUCAGGGUCGUUAGUUCGUCUAGCUCGUCGUCGGAUAGCGACUCGGAGUCCGAGGAGCAGCAGCAGCAACAGCAGGUGACCCUCGAAUAUCACAAAGGUUUGCCGAAGAUAACGGUGCCGUUGCCGAGUCGCCGCGAACGGUGCAGCUUCACGUUGAAACCCAUCUCGAAUACGGUCGGCGAGUUUUUGGAAAUGCUCAGGAAAGAGGACCGCGGCAUAGAUAGAGCAGUGUGUCGAUCCAUGGACGGUACUCGCAUAGCGUCUUCCAACACAAUCGAAACCCUGCUCGACGACAAUUUCAAGCUGGUGGUGAACGACACGUGUUACACUGUGACCACGCCGAAACCGCAACGCGCCACCAGCGAGGAGGUGCAGAGUCUCAGCGACAUCAAGAACAUGGUCAAUAACCUGUACCGGGCGCUCCACGUCGACGAGCACCAAAUCACCAAGGAGAAGGACCUGUUAGCGCAGAUGGAGGCGUUGCAGCAAGAGAUACAGCCGCUGGAAGAGAAACGUCUCGAACUGGAACUGGUGGCGCACAAGAAAAACAAUUGGCUCGUGUGGGCGGGGCUCGGCCUGAUGUCGGCCCAGUUUGGUAUCCUGGCGCGGCUCACGUGGUGGGAAUACUCGUGGGAUAUCAUGGAACCGGUCACCUACUUUGUCACGUACGGUACAGCAAUGGCGUGCUACGCGUAUUUCGUCCUCACCAAGGAGGAGUAUGUGCUGACAGAUAUCAAGGACCGACAGCACCUACUGGUGUUGCACGGGAAGGCAAAGAAGCUGGGCGUCGACCUCGACCGUUACAAUCAUCUGAAGGACGAGAUUCACAAGAUCGAGUACCAAUUGAGGAAGCUGAGGAACCCGCUGAAGCUGCGUCUGCCGCCGAAAAGGUCGGGGGCCGCUGAGCAGAAGGCCGGAAACGGUACUAUCGCACCACCUCCGGCGGCGGCGGAGGAAAAAGCGCCAGAACAAAAAUGAAGAGCCAGCCCCAUUCCCGCUUUAGACGCGUUCGGGGCCAUUUUUGGGGCCGGUCAUCCCCCCCGAAAGAAAAUCCGCCAAAGAGUUAUAACGCGCGCACAAGAGCUUAUUUUCCAAUCGUUCAUCGAGAGUGCCUGAUCAACGAACGUGAUUUCUUUUUUCUUUGGUGAGGGUGAGAGAGAGAGAGAGAGAGCGACACGGAGAGACUUUCGAUUGUGUUUUUAUUUCGUGUUUUUUCGCAAAACGCCACAUAUUUAAGUACACGCAAAUUUUGAUGUUCCUUUUUUUUUCUGUUAGAUUAUAUCGAAAUAAAUGUUACG